AUGGAUAUUAAUAUAGAAAUACAAGAUGUGGUUAUAGAAGAUAAUGAUAUGCCUAAUAUUGAAGUGGAAGAGGAAGGGGAAAAUGAUAAAGAGGAAAUGGGGAAUGAGAAAAAUAAAAAGCCUAAGGGGAAGUCAGAUAUUUGGCAGUUUUUUACUAGAAUUGUGGGUGGUAAUCCUGAGGAUCCUAGGGCAGCAUGUAAUUUUUGUGGGAAGGAUUAUGCUGCUCACCCUAAAAAUUGCGGAACUAGUACUUUAUGGAAUCACUUGAAUCGGUUGUGUCCAAAGAAUCCUAAUAGGGUGAACAAACAAAAGACCUUGUGUUUCGAACCUAAGAAAGAGGGAGAGGGUGGUGUUACUACGAACUUCAUUACAGUGCAAUUUGAUAAACAAAAGUGUAGGCAGUCUAUUGCAAAAUACAUUUUGUUGGAGGAGUUGCCUUUUAGGCAUGUGGAGAGUGAAGGGUUUAGGCAAUUGAUUCGUCAGUUAGAACCGAGACUUGAAACUAUAUCCCGUAUGACAAUUGCUAGAGACAUUUAUCAACUGUACUUGGAUGAAAAAGAAGUAAUGAGAGGUGUUAUGAAAAAAGUAAGGGUUUCUCUUACUACUGACACAUGGACUUCUAUCCAAAAUAUAAACUAUAUGUGUCUCACUGCACAUUGGAUUGAUAGUGAUUGGAAGUUACAAAAAACGAUCAUUAACUUUUGUCAAAUCACUGAUCAUAACAGGGAGACAAUAGGGACUGAGAUUGAAAGUUGUCUUAAUCAAUGGGGGAUUCAUAAGAUUUUCACAAUUACAGUUGAUAAUACUAGUACAAAUAGCACUGCGAUUGAGUAUGUUUUGAGAAAAUUCAAGAGCAAAAGGCAUGCUAUAAUUUUGGAUGGAGAGUUAUUGCAUUUAAGAUGUUGUGCACAUAUUGUCAAUCUGAUAGUAACUGAUGGGCUAAAGGAAAAAAAUGAGUCAAUUGCUGCCAUAAGAAAUGCUGUGAAAUAUGUAAGAUCAUCACCAUCAAGGUUGUUGGCAUUUAAAGAAUGUGUCAAAGCUGAAGAUAUUGAGUGUAAGGGGCUAUUGUGUUUAGAUGUGCCUACAAGAUGGAACUCUACUUAUUUGAUGUUAGAGUGUGCUCUUAAGUUCCAAAAGGCAUUUGACAGGAUAAAGACCGACAAAAAUUAUAGGUAUUAUUUCACUGAGGAGGAUAAUGGAAAGAGUAAGGAAGGACCACCUAAUGAAGAUGAUUGGGAAAAUGCAAGGAUCUUUGUGAAGUUUUUAAAAACGUUUUAUGAAGUCACUUUGAAAUUUAGUGGGUCUUCUUAUGUGACCUCUAACUUGUAUUUUCAAGAGAUCUGCGAAAUUCAGAAUGAGUUGAUAACUUUGUCAAAGUCAAAGUUGAUUAAGAAAAUUGAAGAGAAUUUGCGCAAGCUGCUUGAUUUUUACAAUGAGAUGCACUUUGGCGUGGGCCCAAGUUCAACUACAAGUUCUAAUUUAUCAGUUUUUGUUGAAGGAGAUACGACUAAACCUGGGGGACUUGUCUCCAAGUUUAUGUCUAAAAAACGACAACACGAUGGUGAAAGAAAGAGAAAUGAGAUUGACAAAUAUUUGGCUGAUGAUACUGAAGAUUUUGUUGUGGGUCAGCGUUUUGAUAUCUUGAAGUGGUGGACGAGACAAUCGAAUAGGUAUCCGGUAUUAUCUUUGAUUGCUCAAGAUGUUUUGGCCAUUCCUGUUACCACUGUGCCAUCAGAGUCUGCAUUUCAUAUAGAGGAUGCUAAGUCAUGUUCUAAUCCAUCUAGUGCCAAUACAAAACCGUCUCUCAAAGAGGGUGAACCAUUUCAUGAUGUUACACUCUACAGAAGCACAAUAGGAGCAUUACAAUACUUUUCUCUCACUCGUCUAGAUGUGGCAUUCAUAGUCAAUAAACUAAGUCAAUUCUUACAGGCCCCAAGGACAGUACAGUGGGAAGCAUGUAAGAGAUUAUUUCGGUAUCUAAAAGGCACUAUCAAAGAGGGCAUUUAUCUAAGACUUACUGCUGCAACAACUCUUACUGCUUACUCAGAUGUAGACUAA